UAGAUAUUCCCACACUGAGGAUCCAUUCGAUCUUAAUAUAGAACAGCCGUACCAACAAAGAACUCCCAACACCCCACAGUACCUACCGCGGUAGGUAAGGUGAGGUAUUACUUCGCGGCUCCAUCCAUCUACUUCGCGAUUUCUUUCUAUCCAAGCAAUCCAUCAACAAAGUAACCCCAGACACGGUACCUGUUCCGAUCCUAAAGCCAUGGAGUCGUCUACCUAUUCUGAUACCUCUAGUACGGCGUUUCUUGAAGGAUUGCCAGACGAAACACCUAAGUACCGCUUCAUCAAUGUCCCAGAUCUCGAAAGAAAGGUGGCGGUCCAUGAGCAAGAUCUUCUGGACAAGAAGACCACGAAUCAGUUUGUUGUGUUUCUGGAUAUUCCAGAUCGCGCUGUCGAUCGGAUCACUGCCGAGUCUUCACCCAUCAGCCAUUACCGCAUCUUUUUUGCGCAUAGCGCAAAAGUCCUUAUUAUCAAAAUGACUUCCAUGAUACAUGAAAGAGCUGCUGCCGUCUUUUCGAACCUGUUCGAGGCGAAGGUGUCAACAAUGGGCCUCUCGAAUGACUUGAUUUCAGUGCUUACGGCACAGCAAUCUUAUAAUGGAGUUAGAAAAUGUCCUGAUAAUCAAUGGGGAUUACAGCCUCUACCUCAACAUCAAUUCGCCCCUUCUCUUAUUCUCGAAUGCGGUUAUUCAGAAUCGCCGCUGCCGCGACUGGCAAUCGAUGCCAGGUGGUGGUUAGAAUCUUCGCAAUCUCCAGUUGAAAUGGUGAUCACGAUCAAAAUCUGCCAUGGGAAUGCCAAGAUUAUCGUUCAGAAAUGGGAGCUCGGUACUCGACGGCAGGGUUCAUAUUCAAAUGCUCGAGCCAAUUCUCCUCUAGCAGUCAAAACCGGUGAAGUUAGCAUAUCACGUCAAAACAAUAAUACAGUGGUCAGUGGAACAAUUGUAUUACCGUUUGAUAAGAUCUUUCGUCGACCACCUAAUCCAGCACAACCUCUCGAAGGCGAUAUCAUGUUUACUGUGCAGGAUCUUGAAACAAUAGCUGAACAGACAUGGAGAAUCCAGGGGUUCAUGUGAUUAAGUAUUGCAAUCAUAUGUACUUUGUUUACAUUAUCGCGCAGGUCGCCAG